AGUCCGUGCGCACAUGGGCACGGAUAUGGACAUUGAUGGGUGCUUACGCACACGCACACAAACACUUACACACGUCUCCACACUUUUCUACCAAGCGCUAGAACGAAAGGUGCACAUGUGAAUUAGAAAGUAGAGAAGUUGUUUCUUUUCCCCUGAGAGAAAGCAAAAAAAGAAGCGUCGUGGUUUGGAGCUGAUUUACGCAGCUGGAGAGAUCGGGCAUGUUCUUAGAAACCCUGCACCCUGUUUAGGGCUUAAGGAUGGUUGAUAAAGGGCCCUUACUGACCUCGGCUAUCAUCUUCUACCUGUCCAUCGGGGCUGCAAUCUUCCAAGUGCUCGAGGAGCCAAACUGGAAACUGGCAGUGAAUCAGUACAAUGAGCAGAAGGAGAGGAUCUUGAGAGAUUUCCCGUGUCUCACUAAAGCAGAUCUAAACAGGAUCCUGGAGGUGGUGUCUGAGGCUGCAGGACAAGGAGUCACCAUCACAGGAGAGAAAACCUUUAACAACUGGAACUGGCCAAAUGCGGUGAUAUUUGCUGCUACGGUCAUUACAACCAUCGGUUAUGGUAAUAUUGCCCCCAAAACCUCAGCAGGGAGAGUGUUUUGCAUUUUCUAUGGACUUUUUGGUGUGCCACUUUGUCUGACUUGGAUCAGCGAACUUGGCAAGUUUUUUGGUGGAAGAGCAAAACACCUCGGACAAUACCUUACCAAGCGAGGCUUUUCACUGAGGAAGGCACAGUUCACCUGCACAUUCGUCUUCCUGAUAUGGGGAGUACUGAUCCAUUUGGUUAUUCCCCCAUUCGUUUUCAUGUCCCAGGAAGGAUGGACCUACAUAGAGGGCUUGUACUUUUCCUUUGUAACUUUGACAACAAUCGGAUUUGGUGAUCUUGUAGCAGGUGUUGACCCCAAUGCUAACUACCCCACUCUGUAUCGCUACUUUGUUGAGGUGUGGAUAUACCUGGGUUUGGCCUGGCUCUCGCUUUUCUUUAACUGGAAGGUGAGAAUGGUCAUCGAGGCUCACAAAGCUCUGAAAAAGCGACGAAAACGGCAUAAACUCUCAUUGGAUGAGUUCCAGAACUGCAAAGAGACCCACAAGGCCUUGCAGUUACCACCUGCCAGUAAUGAAGUCAACAUCUUCAGCUUCCUGUCCAAGAGAAAGGUGGGCUACAAUGACCUCAUCAAACAGAUCGGUACCAAAAAUGAAGAUGAUCAGAUUGCUGGUACCAUUAGCUCUAAAAAAAAGAAGAGUGAAUAUAUCCGCUCCAAAAGCUGCGACGAUGCCGCUUCCGUUAACGGAAAUGCAAUUCUCAAACUAGACCAAUCGCCUCGCCAGAAACGCCGCUACAGCUUCAGUGACCGUGUCACGGUGGUCUUCUCCAAGUCCAAAAACUACCUGCUUGGCACAGAGGAGGGUCCACUCCUGAAUGAGAUGCAGGUCGAGGGUGAGCUGGACGUAGACCUGGAGAAAAUGUAUGAGAAUCAGUUGGAUAAAGAGGCAGGAGAGGAGCACAGGAACCUCGUGCCUGGGUGCUGUGGUCCUGGCCGUCACCUGUGGGACUCCAAUGAGUAUCAGCCAGUUAUUUUUCAAAAUGCCAACAUCACCUUUAUCGAUGAAGAGAACCUGCUGAACAACAGCCUGGAGGAUGAGGACGAGGAUGAAGACAUCAAAGUCAAGCUCUCGACCUCGGAUGAAAACGGCGAGUCUGAGAGCGAUUCUAAGGAGGACGAGUGCUUCGAAUCGGAGGAAUCUGUAUUCACAGACGGAACAGAUCACUCUAAUUCCUAUGAGCAGCUCGUAGAGGAGUAUUCUAAAGAAAACAACACCGAUACCUGAUUCAUCAGUGUUGGUUUGUUUUUGUUUUUUUUCUUCUUGUUGUUGAAGACUUAGACAUUUGUGUCUAACUUGAUCAAAGAAACAAAUGUUGUAAUCCAUUUCACAAUAUUUGUGCUGCAUACGUUUUGAUGGAGUCUGUGAAAUGCAUCACAUUCAGUAUUACACUGAGUAGACGCUACAGAUCGCACAAAAGUACAAGCAAUUAUCUUUCUCUACAACACCCCAAUUAUUGGGGAAUGACCUAAAUGAUCAACAUUUCUUUCAGUCUGAGCUCUGUCUGACAGAUUUUAGGAAGUUUGAAACUAAGACUGCUUGAUAGUUCAUCACUUCCUUAGUGGUUUUAUUUGUAGUUUUUGCCUAAUAGAGUACUAAUUUAUUAAAUUAUGUG